AAAAUUAGCUAGCAAGGGUCUUAGAGCUUCUAAACAUGGCGAUACGUGCCGUCACGCGGCAACCUUCAGUCCAGAACAACUGGCAAUGGAUAUUUUAGUGCCAUCAAAAUAUUAAAUGUAUCCUCUUUUGAGACCUUUCAUGAUCCUAGUUCUGCUUCUUCUUCCGUUCAGUUCUCCCGGAAGGAAUUGGUUGGCAUUGGCAACGUUGCAGCUGCCAGAGGUACCGGUCGAUGGCCAGAGGCCUGCAUCCCUGCAGAAGAACAGAGAAACUCAAAGAAAGACAAAGCGAGGUAUAAUCUAACACGCUAGUUCAGCGGCUGGUCCGUUUAACGCCGUUUAAUAACAUUCUGACACGCAAUCUGGACGGGACAGGACAAACCACAUCCCGAGUGCAGCAAGAAAGAAAUAAGACAAGGGUCUCGUGAUCUGAACUCCAGCGAACCAAACAGCCUCGCCAUUCAGGAGCGCGAGAAGCCAAAUAUCAGCCACACAAAUGACCAGUUCUUCAGCACCAAGAAUGAUUCACAGCUACAGACGAACCUCCAGCCCUCGCUCCCCUACAAACAUGGGAGAAAUAUUCACCCCUGCACACGAGGAGAACGUGCGCUUUAUCCACGAGACCUGGCAGUGCGUGCUGCGAGACGUCCGGUCCCUGCAGAGCAGCGAGCGCAGUGUUCGGGGGCCCCAGGAGUACGUGGAGAAGAACCCAAAUCCAGCCCUGCACUCUUUCACCCCAGUUGAUUUAAGUGACAUCAGGAAACGGAACUCGCAAGACUGCAGGAAGUCGUAGUCCUUCGUCUCCCUGCCCCCUUCCGUGCUCCAGCUGCGCCUGUAUGGAAAAGUUCCUUCACCAAUUAUCUCUGCUGCUAGGCAGCCAGCCAGCCAACCAGAUAACAUGGUGGCCUGUGCCUAGCAGGCCCCUCCCACUUCUGCCUGUCAGGCUGGUGGCUCCUCCCCCAGCAGACUGAUGGACAUUUCCCUAGUUUUGGAGGUCUCUGUUUUUCUAUUCCAGGCUCUCUCCUCUGUUUACCUCCACUGGGGAAGAGGGACAACAAGAAGGCUGGGAUUUCGUUUUCAGGGAUUUUCAUUGUUCUUGGUUUUAUAUAUGUAUGAUUUUAAGCUAUUGAGGAGUCACAAGAACUUAGAUGAAUGGAGAAGGUAGAGGCAGGCUCAAUUCUAACACUUUUUCCUAGGAGCACAUGUGGUCCCAUUAGGAGCACACUAAUGCAUCCAAAUUACCUUUGAUCCCCUUCAAUGCCCAGUGCCCCAGAAUACUUAACAUAUGUAACAGCAGCUGUGUUUAGCCUGAGAACGCAAUCCAGACACGUUCUUUUACAUCAAAAGGUACGGAGUGAACCUCUGUAGCAGAUCCGCUUCACAGUACGGACCCCCCCCCCCCAAUCUUUGGAGCCGGACAGUUUCGCUCUCAGCCAAACCAAAUGAGGCCAUGCGGAUGUACACGGUUCCACGGUGACUCCCUGUGACUGGGGUGGUGCCAGGGCAGCCAAUAGAGUGGCUGAGUUUGCCAGAAUGGGAUUCCAUGGGAUUCCAGUCAUGGGUCCUUUACAUCGCUCCCCAGUAAAGCAGUGUACUGGUUCACAUGGGGUUACUGGCAGAUGGUACUGUGCUUCAAAAUCCAGCCCCUGGCUGUUGAGAAACUGCUGGGUUCAGUAGGUGGUGGGAGGAAUUGUGGUCCUUGUAGUGAGUCGAUUGUAGGGUUUUAAUAUUAUUUAUAAUUUUAUUAUAUGAGCAUAUUUACAUAUUUGUAAUGUGUGUAAAGCAGGGUUAGGGUGGAGCCACAGUGGGUGGUGGACAGAAUGGUUGGAAUACGCAGAUUUGUGCUUCCAUUGUCCUCAGGGGACUGGUGCAUGGAUGAUGGAGGAGAGAGCCAAUGUAGGAAAUCGGGAUCAAAAACAAAACUCACCUUCUGUGCUCCAAUUGCAGUGCAGUUGGCAGUGACAGAGAUGAUGCAACCCGGGUUCCCAAUUCAGUCUAGUCACCUGAAAGUGGCUUUGCAAUUUGGGUUUUUUUUUUCCCCUGACCCAAAGAUAAUUUAUUUUUUAAAGAUGAGAAAAGUACAGUAAAAAAAGCCUUAUUUUGAGCCUCCUCAGUGAAAUCUUUGUACAAAUUAUGGCGCUCUGCUUGUAGUGAAACUGACAGCCAGUGGGAAUUAAGAAGGGAACCAGUUAUUUUAUUUUCGACACACCGGAAGCCUUUUAUUCACAAAGAGAUCAAGGGUGAAGAACUUGAUAAAUUGUCCUGAGGUUUGUAACUAGGAAAGUUAUGUAAAUAAAGAUUUCGUAAGACGA